UCAUAUACGCAAAAGCCACCAUCUGUCAAGUAAAAGCGAUGAGCAAUCCUCAUUAGCACCUCGCCCACCUAUUGCUGCUAAUGAUCAGUCCGAUGUUUGAUCGGGACCUCUAUAGAUCUGAGUAGUGAUCGAUACCCUUAACGUAUCGCUCACUUUUCCUCUUUCCCAUGCCGCGGUGAUCCACGGUCUGUCAGCCACGCCCUGUUAUUUUCCAGUGACGUCUGUGGAGCGAUCAUGGGGUUUGAGUGUGCCGUGUUGGCUGGAGGCUAUGUGAUCAGCCGGCUGUGAUAUAUUUGCGGGGAAAGACAGUCUUGUUGAAUAUCUCAAGCUGAUCGGGUCACACGCGUGCAGCUAGUUUUGUCAUUAACAAACAAGCCUCGGCGAAACAGGCACGGUGCGCAGGUAUAGAGGUAUUUAUGCUGCCGGCACGGCCAGCUCGUUACAUGUAGGGCCACGUUGAUAGUACAGAAGGGUUUAUAUAUCGUUUUGGCAUACCUGUAACAGGUAAAGAACGCAGCUGACUGAGUUUGAUCGGUAUAACGGUGGAUAUGGAGGAGCAGGCAUCGAACGGCGGCGCUGCCGUCAGUUUGCGGUCAAAUUGCUCUACACACAAUCAACCACUGAUGGAGAGACGAAACGUGAACAGACGAAAUCAGCAUGAGCGACGGGCUCGAUCCACAGAACUUACAGAUGGAAAAAAUGGAUUGUGUCAUUCUCUGCAAAACGCUAGGAGCAUAAGUAUGAACUUCGACAUCGAGAAUCGAAAGUACUCGAAAUUACGAGAAAAUGGAGGGUAUCAUCCGCAAAACGGUGAUCUGAGUGAAAUAUACAGCGGUAACCCGCUCGAUGUUUCCUUGGACAAUUUCCACAUCAACGAACUGAACACUUCGGAAAGACGGUUAAAUGAAUCGGAUAAUUAUUUCGCCGGUAGAAGAGAUGUUCUACGUCCAGACAGUCUUGUUGAGUCGAAAAUUGUCAGCCAGAAAGGAACGUGUCGUGGGUUUAAAAACCGGGUUCGGGCCGGGAUAAACACGUUUUUGGAGCAGACGGGGGAAGACAGAAGUCGACAAUCAAACAAAAACUACAGAGUCUUAGAGAAGGGAAAAAUAGUAUUGUACAGCACAUCGGUGACAGUGGUCAGAGAUACCUACGACAGGUGUAAAGUCGUGAAAAACAUUUUACAGAACCACAUGGUGCGAUAUGAAGAACGGGACUUGUGUAUGAGCAAGGAGAAUCAGAGAGAGUUGAUGAUUCGUAUGCGGACCACAAACAUCGUUUUACCUCAGGUGUUUGCUGAUGGACGCUAUUUAGGGGGCUUGGAAGAAAUUGUUCAGCUCAAUGAAACUGGAGAACUAAGGACUAUAUUUAUGGCGUUUACGAAGGUGACCUUGAGCUCAUCCUGUGCACUGUGUGGAGGAUAUCGCUUCAUUCCGUGCGGCGUCUGUCACGGCAGUAAGAAGUCCGUGCAUCGAAACAACUUCACUGCCGAAUUCUGCGCCUUGCGCUGCAUGCAUUGUGAUGACAAUGGCCUGGUGCGAUGUACGGACUGUCUAGAACAGCAGGAAUGAUGGAUUAGAUCAACGAUAAUCAUAUGUAUUUGUACAGCAUCAAUAUUUCAACAGAUACACAAAAAAAGAUGAACUUUUAAUCAAUUGCUUCCUUCCAUCGAGAAAGAGACAGAGAGACUUGAUAUCAGUGAAGCUUAAUUUUAUCUUUUUCGCCGCGAUAAAGCAGCUUUAUAAGUCAAUCUAGUGGUCUGUCAGUCGGUCCAAUUUUGACAUCCUAUCUUUUAACAUUUAUCCUCCGUGCUAGAUGACAUGAAACCCUGCGCUCUUCAUAGUGAGUUGAUUACUUCACUGGCUCACAGACAUGAGGAUCAUACACAUAACAGUUAAUACUUCUGCUGUGUGACAAGGUAACACACAGCAGUAACGGGCUGGAGGAGAAGGUCAAGAUUGUGUGGAUUUCUUGUUUAUAUUAAUGCUAUAAUUGAGAAUAAAAAACAAUGUCUUGCUCACCGUAUAUUCAGUGGUCGAAUUUUUGGGUUGUUCCAGCUUGAUUGCCAGUUUCCGCUUGUUUUUUUUUAUGUAAACUGUCAGGAUAGAUGGACCUUCCAUUUUUUGUUACUUGCUUGGAGCGUUAAACCUUCCAUUGCAAGAAUGUUAUGCUGGAGAUACAGUUAAGAUUUCAUGCAAAAGUUGAUGGCGAUCAAUGGUGCCCACCUUGAACAGUGGUAAAUACCAGAAGGGACAUGUACUGUAAAUCUUCAACCUUUUCAACCACUAAAGUCCUUUUUGCAGUAGAAUUUAUGCAUGUAGUUA